UGAGCACAUCUCCUCAGGUUGUCCACCUUUGCCCAGAGGACAUCCUUGGUAUCUCAAAAAAUGUGAUUAAGUGUUCAGGCUGGCUGUGUGAAUGGAAUACAGCUGGAACUGUACAGAAACCAGCCCCGUGCAAAAUUGUGCUGGCAAGUUGGAAUGCCUAUCUUGAGGAUCUUAAAGGGCACUGUUGUGCACAACGGAAGGCGCAAAAGGGCUUCACAUGCUGGCUUCCGCGUUGUGUCUCCCAAGGAAUUGCCCUAUCCUCAUAUGAUGACCUUGUCAAGCACAUUGUCCAGACUCAUAUGAACCGUGCUGGUCUGCCAUGUCCGAUAAAUGGCUGCACAUCUCCUCACUUUUCGAGGCCCGCCAUGCUGGAGAGUCAUUUCGUCAGCGAACACCCUGAUUUGGUUAACCAGCAUGUCCCCGUUCCAUCCAACCUGCUUCUUCCUUCAUGGCGCCCCAUUCAGCCUCGCCUUUCAGACCCUCCCUCACUUCCCGAGCACACCCCCCCUGGCUGCAUUCUCUUGUCAGCUGUGGCGGGAACACAUCCGAGCAUGACUUCUGCACCUCUUGUUAGGGAUCAUUCUAUUGCAUCUGUGCUCUCGCUACCUUCCUCACCCAAGAAGCGGGCCAAGAUGGACACCCCCCGACAAGUAGACGUCACAUCAAGAGAAGUUCCUUCGAUCAUGUUCGAUGAUAUGCCGAGACAAGUGAAAGACGAUACGACAUAUGCGGGCGACGUGGUGCUCGACUCCGUGGUUCAACUGAGACGCGUCAGUGGGGAUCUGGCCCGGCCCCCAAAGAUGCUUUCUCCAGAACAGUGUAUCCACAAGCCACCCCCGAUCAGUAUACGCUACGAGGUCUUCGCGCGACGGCUUCAACUUGAGGAGAUGGAACGGGACGCAGCAGAGGCGGCAAAAACUCGUGCGCAGACUACAGUGGGCUCGCAGAGGCAGGUGUCAAAGACUGCGGACUUGUAGA